UGCCAUACACACACAAGCUUCUGCUGCUUUCUUUUAUUUUCUCUCUGCCAAUUCAAAUUGCUUGUUUCUCGGCAAAAAUUUUCACGCCGUGUUUUCCCGGAAUUAAUUGUUCUGCGUUCCCGUAAUUGUUUCAGAGAUCGAAAACAACGUUUAAUCUCCGUGCAAUUCUUUUGUCUUUUUGUUUUCCGUGAGUUCUCAAAAGGGAAAAUAAAAUAACCACUCAAACUUUUCGUUUUCUCAUUCACUGGUGGCUUCAUUGUUCGAUUCAGGGUUUUGGGAUCGUAGUUUUGCGGCUCUCGUGGUUCGCAGAGUGGUGCUAUUCAAAACUUGUGGUGAUAACUGAACAUAUCGCCCAAGCCACGAGGUUUGGGUUCCGAAUUGUGCGAAUAUUGGCUUCGAUUCGUAAUUUGAUGUGAAAUUAGGGUUUUUCGGUGAGCAUAAACGUCGUUGUGGAUGGUUACAACAUGAUAAUUAAGCGAACGAUGAAAAUUGAAAUGCCGAACCUUAAACGGUGUAACAUGGAGGAGCCUGAUUCCGAGGAUGGGUGUUCGGCGAUUCAGAAGAAGCGUAGGGUGAAUGGGUUUUACUCUCUGGGCAUGCCAGGUGAUGCUGAAGAUUUCAGCAGCGGUUCUGGUUCUUGGAGCAGUGAAGGAUCGUAUUGGGGUGGUGGCGAGGUUCAGUCCAAUUCAAAUUCUGUUCUGUUUAACCGGAAAACAGCGAAAUACAGGGGCUCUGAAGCUUCUCGGCCUCCUCUGUUGCGGUCUUCGCGUGGCCGGGUUCAGACACUUCCCUCAAGGUUCAAUGACUCGGUUCUUGAUACGUGGAAGAAUCGAGGAACCAAAGAAGAGGAUGGAGACUCCAGCUUUGAAGAUGAUAAGAGUUUUUUGGAAGAUGAAAGGGGUGGCAUUGGUGCAAAGGGGAUUGUGAAACUGGAGAAGAGUGAUAGUGUGUGUUAUCCGUAUUCUGAAGUGAAGGUGGUAGCGGAUUUGGGGGCGUUAGGUUUCAACGGUUUUGAUAAAAGGGAGCAUGCUGAUUCGUGUAGUGUUGGAAGAAGGAAUGUUAAGGCUGAGAGUAAUACGUCUGGUCUUAGUUUUGAGGGUGUGGAUCAAAAGCCUAAUGGGAAUGCUGAGAAGAGGAAGGAGGUUUACAAGCCGGAGGAUUUUGCUUUGGGUGAUCUAGUAUGGGCUAAAUGUGGGAAGAGGUAUCCUGCAUGGCCGGCUGUGGUGAUUGAUCCUAUCUUGGAGGCUCCUAAAUCUGUCCUCAGCUGCUGUGUCCCUGGUGCGCUUUGCGUGAUGUUUUUCGGUUAUUCGAAAAAUGGAACACAGAGGGAUUAUGCGUGGGUGAAGCAGGGAAUGCUAUACCCCUUCUUGGAAUUCAUGGACAGAUUCAAGGGGCAGACCCGGUUGUACAAGAGCAAACCAAGUGACUUUCACAUGGCACUGGAGGAGGCAAUGUUGGCAGAAGAUGGUAUCAUGGAAUCACAGUUGAGAGGAGAGGAAGUAACAAAUGUGAAAGAUGAUCCUGAUGAACUUAUAGAGGCCACCUGUUCAUAUAUUGAUGAGGAAUAUUACUGCCAGGAUCAGGAUGCAAGAUAUUGUGCUGGCUGUGGUCUGAUGUUGCCAUGCAAAACCAUGAAGAAGAUUAAGGAUUCAAAUUGUGCACCUCAAUUUUAUUGCAAACAUUGUGCUAAGUUGCGAAAAUCAAAACAAUAUUGUGGCAUUUGCAAAAAGAUUUGGCACCAUUCAGACGGUGGGAAUUGGGUAUGUUGUGAUGGUUGUAAUGUUUGGGUGCAUGCCGAGUGUGAUAAAAUUUCCAGCGAGCUUUUCAAGGAUUUGGAAAAUACAGAUUAUUACUGUCCAGAUUGCAAGGGAAAAAUCAAUUGUAAAUUACCAGCAUCACAAACGUACAAGACAAAAAUCAAAUCAAUAGAGAAUAGCCAGAAAUCUCUGAUACCUGAGAAAGUAAUGGUGGUGUGCAAUGGGAUGGAGGGAAUUUACAUCCCAAAGCUUCACCUGGUCAUGUGCAAGUGUCUCACUUGUGGUUCAAGGAAGCAGACACUGAGUGAAUGGGAAAGACAUACAGGUUGCAGAGCCAAAAAAUGGAAACAUAGUGUGAAAGUAAAAGGCACAAUGCUACCGCUAGAAAAAUGGAUGACAGAUCACAUUCCUCAAGAAGGAAUACCCCAGCAGUUAGAUCAGCAGCAGGUGCUUGCCUUUUUGCAAGAGAAAUAUGAGCCAGUUUAUGCAAAAUGGACCACAGAAAGAUGUGCCGUUUGCAGAUGGGUUGAAGAUUGGGAAGAUAACAAAAUUAUUAUCUGUAACAGAUGCCAAAUAGCAGUCCACCAAGAAUGCUAUGGGGCAAAGCAUGUUCAGGAUUUUACUUCUUGGGUUUGUAGAGUAUGUGAAACUCCUGAUGUGGAGAGAGAGUGUUGCCUCUGUCCAGUAAAAGGCGGUGCUCUAAAGCCAACUGAUGUUGAGAUGUUGUGGGUUCAUGUAACUUGUGCUUGGUUUCGACCUCAAGUUGCUUUCCAAAACCAUGAGGCCAUGGAACCUGCCAUGGGAAUCCUUAAAAUUCCUCCUAAUUCCUUUGUUAAGACUUGUGUGAUCUGUAAACAGAGCCAUGGUUCCUGUACAAGUUGUUGCAAGUGUGCUACUUAUUUUCAUGUGAUGUGUGCAUCAAGGGCAGGAUAUACAAUGGAAUUGCAUUCCAUGGAGAAGAAUGGGACUCAAAUAACAAAGAAGCUAAUAUACUGUGCAGUUCACAGAGUCCCAAGUCCAGAUUCAGUACUGGUCAUACACACACCCAUGGGGGUUUUCUCUCCCCGAACUUCUCUUCAAAGUCACAAGGGAUGCUUCAGGGGAUCAAGGCUAGUUUCAUCAAAAAAUGUAGAGCUUAACGAAUCUUCAACCACUGAAAAUGACAAAGUUGAGCCGCUGUCUGCUGCCAGAUGUCGUGUGUACCGAAGGUCUCCUAGUAAGAGGGCUGAUCUGCCUGUAAUUCACUUGCUGAGGGGACCUAGCAUUCAUUCUUUAGGUGCAAUAACUCAGCUGAACCACUACAAGGAUGCUGAAGAAUCUAAAGUAUUCACUUCUUUCAAGGAACGUCUUCACCAUUUACAGAAAAUGGAAAAACUUAGAGUUUGCUUUGGAAAAUCGGGUAUUCAUGGAUGGGGUCUCUUUGCUCGUAGAGAUAUACAUGAAGGAGAGAUGGUUGUUGAAUAUCGUGGUGUGCAGGUAAGGCGCAGUGUUGCUGAUCUGAGGGAAGCCAAGUACCGAUCAGAAGGCAAAGAUUGCUACCUGUUCAAGAUAAGUGAAGAAGUGGUAAUUGAUGCAACGCACAAGGGCAAUAUAGCACGUUUAAUAAACCAUUCUUGCAUGCCAAACUGCUAUGCAAGGAUUAUGAGUUUGGGUGAUCAGGAGAGCCGGAUUGUUCUUAUUGCCAAGACCAAUGUUUCUGCUGGUGAAGAACUAACGUAUGAUUACUUGUUCGAUCCAGAUGAGCGGGAUGAACUGAAAGUUCCCUGCCUAUGCAAAGCCCCCAAUUGUAGGAAAUUUAUGAACUAGGUUUAACAUUCAUUGGUUCUUUGAGCAAUUGCAGUUACCAAACCACAGCAAUAUUAGUCCGUUGAUUUUUAUUUUUUUUACUAGUAUAAUUUGUAUAUCAUUUAUAUAAUAAAAUAUAAAAUUUCCGAGCAGAUGAGCUUGGAGGCAUUUUGUAACUUGCCAGUAUAUUCAAAUUAUAUUGACAUUUGGAAGCAAUUUACUUAAAGACAAAAGGUGUAUAGAGCACAUAUAUCAUAUAUGUUUAUACGCUUCAUAGGCAUAUCAUGGAAACUCUUACCUAUAUUUACUGAUUGAAGUAAUAAUUUUAUUACUU